AUGUCGCCUGCAUCUGUUGAACACCAGUUAGUGACACCAACUCAGGCUGUACCGUACACAGGCAAACAACGCCCGCCCAACACCGACCAACAACUGGUCUUGUGGGGCAUGGCGAAUCCGUGGCGAUGGGCUGCCAGGGACACCGCUAAAGACGACCCGAAACUGCAAUUGACCAAAGCAGCACCGGCUCCGGCUGCCACAUGUCUGGCGAUUGCAGCACAAACACAGGCCUUCUUGAUUGGUUUCGUCGAUGGAACCGUCUGCCAGCGAGCUCGUGGCACUGGGGAAGAUAUGAGCAGACGUGGUCGUGACAGUGGAAGUCGACCUGGCAACUGGUCGACUGAUGUGUAUCCGAGGCAGUUUGAGGGAGGCCGGCUUCACGGAGCCGUUGCAUGCAUUGAUGUGCAUCCCUCAAGGGCGGAUUGUAUGGUAGUUGGUACGUCGUUUACGCACAUUCGCAGUCCAGUUUUGGAGCAUAAGUCCCUUUAA